AUGCUGAUAGCGAGACCAUCAGGAGGCAGCAAAAAGAGCUCAAUGGACUCCGGAAAUUUAUGGAGACGGCGGAGCAGCACUGGGACUUGCUCAAUGAGAACAUCUUGGAGCCGCUUGGGUACCCGGAACAGCGCCGGAAUUUGUUCCCACGGGACGACCUUCUGCAACUCGCGGGCGAUGACUGCAAAGAUCUCAUCUCCGCCUCCCGCAAGAUAUGCUAUAACUUGAACAUCAAGAGGAGCCGCACUUGCGACGUGCGCAAGCUUAUUGGUAAGAUGGAUGUUCUGCCGGAGCUGGUGACAGAUCUGCAAGCAUCUUCAGCCCGAGGCGCAGCUGCAAUGGCCUUGACCAUGUGCCUAGCACAUACUCCGGGUCUUGAUCUUGAUGAAGUGACCACGGGCGUUCCUCCGGAUGCGGAUGUCGGCGCGCUGCUGGAUGCAGUGAGCGGCUACGACACCCGUAUCGCGCGCAGGAUCCGGCACGAGGAAUUCUACGACAAGGUCGUCCUCCCUGCGGACGAGCCCUUAGAAGCGGAACUUCAAAAGGAACUCGACGCCAAGCCAACACAAGCAUUAACUAAUGUAACUAGAGACAUUGAGUACAGAUUGAGCCUUCAUGUUUAA